AUGAGGUUCACCCCGGCAGCUGUGGGAACUUGUGUCCUGGCGAGCCUGGCUUCCGUGGCUGCGGGAGCCGGUAUACCAAGUCCAGACGUCGCGGCCAGGGCCUUGCCCAACGCACCAGACGGCUAUGCUCCAGCCAAAGUCGACUGUCCCGCCAGCCGGCCAGCGGUUCGAUCGGCUGCGAAGCUGUCGCAGCCGGAGCAGGACUGGCUGCAGAACCGGCGGAAGAAGACCACCGACGCCAUGAUCGACUUCUUUACCCGUGUGAAGAUUGGCAACUUUGACGUUGUGUCAUACCUCGAGGCCCACGCCGGCAACACAACCCUGCUGCCAAACAUUGCCAUUGCGGUCUCCGGAGGCGGCUAUCGUGCCCUGAUGAAUGGUGCCGGUGCGCUCAAGGCGUUUGACGGCCGGACAGACAAUUCCACCGCUCCCGGACAGCUCGGUGGCCUGCUGCAGUCGGCAACCUACCUCUCCGGCCUCAGCGGCGGCGGCUGGCUGCUGGGCUCCAUGUACAUCAACAACGACUCCUCCAUCGCCGACCUGCAGAAGGGAAGCAGCGGUAGCUCGCUCUGGCAGUUUGGUCGGUCCAUCCUCCAGGGCCCCGAUAACGGUGGCUCCAAGGUCCUCGAUACCGCCCAGUACUAUAAAGACAUGAUCAAGGAGAUCUCUGCUAAGAAAGAAGCCGGAUACGCAACUUCAAUCACCGAUAUCUGGGGUCGAGCGCUGUCGUACCAGCUCAUCAACGCUACCGAUGGCGGGCCAAGCUACACAUGGUCCUCCAUCUCGCAGAACACCCUGUUCCAAAGUGCAAACGUGCCCUUCCCCAUCCUCGUCGCUGACGGCAGGAACCCGGGGGAGAAACUGAUCGGUGGGAAUGCUACCAUCUUCGAGUUCAACCCAUUCGAACUCGGCACCUGGGAUCCCACCGUCUUUGGCUUCGUGCCGACAGAGUAUAUCGGCUCAAAGUUCAAUGCAGGAUCCCUCCCAAAGACCGAAAGCUGUAUUCGAGGCUUAGACAACGCCGGUUACGUCAUGGGCACGUCUUCCUCCCUCUUCAACCAGUUCAUCCUGCACCUCGACAGCCAGGAUCUGCCAAAAUUCGUCAAGGACACUUUCCGUGACUUCCUCACCUCGCUCGAUGAGUCCAACAACGAUAUCGCGGAGUACAGACCGAACCCUUUCUACGGGUACUCCAACAACACCUCUCCCUUCGCCCAUGUGGAAUCCCUCCCCCUCGUUGACGGCGGCGAGGAUAACCAGAACAUCCCCUUCCACCCUCUUAUCCAGCCCACACGACACGUCGAUGUCAUCUUCGCCAUUGACUCUUCCGCUGACACCGAACUCGCCUGGCCCAACGGGAACGCCAUAAUCGCUACCUACCAGCGCAGCUUGAACUCGUCCGGCAUUGCCAACGGAACCUCCUUCCCUGCCAUCCCCGACAACAACACCAUGGUGAACCUGGGACUGAACAACCGGCCUACUUUCUUCGGCUGCGACAGCUCAAACACCAGCUCGCCGACUCCUCUGAUCGUCUAUAUCCCCAACAGCCCAUACGUCACCCACUCUAACGUCUCCACCUUCGACCUGAAGUACAACAACACCCAGCGAGACGCCAUCAUCCUCAACGGCUACAACGUCGCUACCAUGGCGAACGCCACCCGGGACGCUAACUGGCCCACCUGCGUCGGCUGUGCAAUCCUCAGCAGGUCCCUCGAGCGCACCAACACCCUGGUCCCCGAUCUUUGCAAGAAGUGCUUCCAGACGUAUUGCUGGGAUGGCAAGCUGAACAGCACAAAACCAAACACCUACGAGCCAAAGCUUUUCUUGAAGGAAGUGAGUCUACAGAGUGCCGCUGCUCCCGGCCUCCAUGCUUCAGCUAUAUUCACCCUUUUGGCUAUGGCCUUUUUGUAA